UUAGGUUUUGUAGGAUCUCUGUGCUGUUUAUACUACUGAUACUACGCACGUUGCACGUGAACCCAUAGGAGUUAACUCGUGCGAGAAUUCGAUAAAUUGUAAAGAAACUGCGUAUUAUAUCGUACAGAUAUUCAUAAUGAGUCAAAUGGUACUGGAUAGUAUGGCACUGGAUAGCUCUUCGGAUGAAGAUGAUCCAUAUACAAAUUCUGUUGCUCGCUUAAGAGCAUUGAAGAAACAACGUUUCGAAAGAGAGAAACUUUCUCCUACAAACAUUGAACAGCAAACAAAUGAUAAAGAAGUAAAUGGUGAACAUUUAAAUGGUAAAGAAAUAAAUGGAAAAGGAAUAAAAGGUGAAGAAUUAAAUGGUAAAGGAAUAAAUGCAGAAGACAUGUAUGCAGAGGACAUGAAUGCGGAAGAAAUGAAUGUUGAUGGUAUACAAACACGAAGUAGGACGGUAAGACGGAAUAUUAGAAGGAAUAAUGGAAUCACUACUAGAGGUAGACGAACUAGGGGAAGGGGAAGGGGAAGGCGUUUGCCUAUUGGUCUAGAGCGCGGUGUGGAAUUCGCGAGGGAAGAAAUACCUAAAUUAACUGUUGAAUCUUGUAAAGAUAAUAUAAUCGCUCUGUCAGAUGAUGAUAAGGAAGAUGACAACUAUGAGAUGAAUAUAAAAGUAUAUUGGAGAUCAAAUAGAAUCGAUCGUUUAAGUAUGCGUAGACAUGACAGUUUCAAAGGAAUUUUCGAAUAUUACGCUGACUUAGAAAAAGUUUCCGUGAAUGAAGUCCUAAUCAUGAAGAAGGAUCAAAUUAUCAAUCCCACCGACACCCCUGCAUCGCUCAAACUUUCCAUUAUAGAUAUACUUGAUGGUGGGAUAGUGCAUCCAGGUAUGAACACGUUGACCCAGGAUGAGAGCAACGAUGAGGACAUAUGCACCAUUAAAGUACAAACGGCAAACAAAAAGCAAUCCUUGACUAUUCCACUUAAAAAAGAUGAACAAUUUAAGAGGCUGUUCGCUAAUUGCGCCGAGCAACUUAAUGUAAAGGAGGAAGACCUGAAAUUUUACUUUGAUGGAGAACAGAUUAGUCCGACUGAUACUCCAGAAUCUUUGGAUCUCGAAGGAGAAGCUUGCGUCGAUCUUCAUAUCUCUACGUAAUAUGUAAUAUAAAGAUAGCCUGAAUUUUUUGAAUACAUUUUUACACAUUGUGUUCACUAUUGUGUAUUAUAAAUAUAUUAUUACUAUUAUUUACUUUAUUUUGCAUGUUUUAUAUUACAUCUUUAAUUAACUGUACAUGGCUAUCAAAUCUUAUUUUUCGUUAAAUAUAUAAGCGAACUUGCUGAUUAAAUAUUUUUGAAAAAUCGUUAUCGUUAAUAAUAAUUAAU